AUGAAGGCAAAUACUACGGCUGCUUUCAUUGGCAGCUUGCUCGCCACAUCGAUGCCUUUUGCGCGGUCUCCAGAGGUGGUCGACGCCCCACCCUUCGGAUAUACCGCCGGAUCGCCAGCGUCAGUCGCGAAUAUGAAGGAAAAGAUCAAGCACGUUGUCUGGGUCCUCCUCGAAAAUCGUUCCUUCGACAAUCUCCUUGGUGGCUUAAAUCGUCCCGGGCUCGACAACCCUAUCAACGUCGGUGAUGUUUGUAAUCCUGUUGAUGUCACCAAACCCAAUGGCGCCACGCUCUGCACGAGGUCCAAAGAUUUCGACUCUGUGCUAAACGAUCCCGACCACAGCGUAACCGGAAACAAUUUCGAGUUCUAUGGUCAAUUUGCGCCAGAUAAUACGGCCAUCCAGAACGGGACUCUUGUCGCGACCAAUCAGGGCUUCGUCAACAAACAAACCAUUUCGUAUCCGUCCAUAGGCUCGAGCCUUGCAGCAGCGCAAGUGAUGGGCUACUAUAGUGAAAGCGAGAUUCCGACAAUCGCCGAUAUAGUGGACUCUUUCACGACAUUCAAUUAUUGGUUCUCAUGCAUUCCUGGCCCCACCAACCCCAAUCGUGCCUGUGCUACUUCUGGCACUUCUGCGGGCCAUGGUUCUAAUGACGCCUCAUUUACAGUCGCUGGACUAACUCAGAACAACAUUUUCCAAACUGCCACAGCGCAUAACAUCAGCUGGAUCAACUAUGACGGUACUAAUGGUGCUUUCGCCCCGGAUGCCUUGUUUUAUGCAUCAGUCAAAGCCCACUCAACUGCCAAUAUCGUUCCCAUUGAGAAUUUCUUCCAAGAUGCCUUCCUUGGACUUUUGCCCCAACUCUCGUACUUGAAUCCUUCGUGUUGUGGUGUCAACACAAAUUCUAUGCACCCGGACGGAAACGUGUCAUAUGGACAGGUCUUUACUAAGCAAGUUGUCGACGCCGUGAGGCAAGGACCGCACUGGAAUGACACGUUAAUCUUGCUCACCAUGGACGAGAGCGGAGGUUUCCAUGAUCACGUCCCUUCUCCACUUGCAGUCCCCACCGAUAACCUGAGCUAUACGGAGACCAAGAGUGGCCAGACCUAUACGUUCCACUUCGACCGUCUGGGUGGUCGCAUUCCCACUUUCUUGAUAUCGGCGUACUCGCCCAAGGGUCAUAUCGAGAACAUGGGGACUAACCCCAAGACGGGGGGUGUCGAAGCUUACAGCGCGACAUCAGUGUUGAAAACACUCGGACUGCUAUGGGAUUUGGACGACCUUACGCCACGUGUCAGCAAUUCUCCUACAUUUGACCAUCUUAUCGGGCCAACGAUGCGGACCGACGUGCCGUUGAUCUUGACCCCACCGUUACCAUUCCCCAACGACACAUGA